AUGGCCGACGAAGCUGCCACCACCCCGAGGUCGGUCGCCGACCCGGGCACAGCGACACCGACCCUCGCGCCUGGAACCGCGACAGGCACUGCCACCCCGCAGUCCGCCAUCUCCAUCCCCCUCACGGCCGAGCAGCGCACGCUGAGCCUCAAGGUCUCGCUCGCCGACCUCACCGCGCGCGCCUCGGGCCUGUACGCCCAGAAGAAGUUCGACGAGGCCGCCGAGGUCUACGCCCAGGCCGCCGAGAUGCAGGCCGAGAUGAACGGCGAGAUGUCGCCAGAGAACGCCGAGAUCCUGUUCUUGUACGGCCGCAGCCUGUUCAAGGUCGGCCAGAGCAAGAGCGACGUGCUCGGCGGCAAGGCGCCCGCGACCGAGGGCGCCAAGCCGAAGCAGAAGAAGGCCCCCAAGAAGGCGAACGGCGCGCCCAAGCCCGAGCCCGAGGCUGAGCCGGUGUCUGCCGCACAGGAGAAGACGGAGACCCCUGAGGCGGACAGGGUCGCCGAGGAGGCGGUCAAGAUCAUUGCAGACGACACGAGUGCCGGAAAAGCGGACAAGAAGGAGGUCGAGGCCAAGAAGCCUCUGUUCCAGUUCACGGGCGACGAGAACUUCGCUGACUCAGACGAGGACGAGGAUGCCGGUGCUGAAGGAGAGGGUGAAGAGGACGAAGAGGAAGAUGACGACCUCGCCACAGCAUUUGAGAUCCUCGACCUGGCUCGCGUGCUGCUGAAGAAGCGGCUGGAGGAGAAACUCGCUGCAAACACUGCCGAAGGCAAGGGCAAAGAGAAGGCCGAGAACGGCGGCGAUGAAGAUAACGAGCACGGAGAUGUUGGCCUCAGACAUAUCAAUGAGCGCUUAGCGGACACGCAUGACAUCCUGGCCGAGAUCUCACUCGAGAACGAACGAUACCCGAACGCCAUUGCCGACGCGCGAGAGUCGCUCAGGUACAAGCAGCAGCUGUACGGCGAGGACUCGGAGAUCAUCGCCGAGGCGCACUUCAAGCUUUCGCUGGCGCUCGAGUUCGCGUCUGUCACUGCCCAGGCGGAUGAGGACGCGGCAGCCGGCGGCAGCAGCAGCGACGCAGCCGCCGCGCCGCCGCGUGAGGUCAACCAGGAGCUCCGCGACGAGGCGGCAAAGGAGCUCGAGGCGGCCAUCGAGAGUACCAAGCUCAAGCUGCAGAACAAGGAGGUCGAGCUCGCGACGCUGCACUCACCCGAGGACAACGACAUCUCGCGGAAGCAGAUCACCGAGACAAAGGAGAUUAUCGCUGACAUGGAGCAGAGGCUGGUCGACCUACGCGGUCCACCCAUCGACAUGAAGGCCGCCCUCGGCGUCGACCCCAUGGGCGGCAUCCUCGGCGCCGCGUUGGGCGAGUCGUCGACCGAGACCGAGGCGCGCAUCGAGGAGGCCAAGAAGACGGCCACGGACCUCACUGGCCUGGUGCGCAAGAAGGACAAGCGGAAGGCCGAGGGGGACGCCGCCGGCGCGGAGGAGGAGUCGAGCAAGAAGGCCCGCACGGAGGAGGAAAGCACCUCGUGA